CCCAGCCCAGUGCUUGUGCUUCUCCUCCCUCCCACCCAUCCACCCAUCAUCAUCUCGACCUCUUCCCCCAACUCCUCGCCGCCGCCACUUGCCGGUAGGGUUUGCGAGCCCAUCCCGCUCCAAUCGCCCGCCGCCGCCGCGAGAUCGGCGGCUCCCAUCCCAGAUUCGUUCCCGCCCACGCCAGCGCGCCGCAUCCGAUACCCGUCCCGUUGGCCCGCGACUCGCGAACGAGGAUGCCUCAGUAGGGCGCGCGCGUGUCGAGCUAGGGUUGUCGCGUCCGAGGCCAUGGACACCGCCGCGGGCCCGGGGCCCCGGGACGGCCCCGAUCGGACGCCGCAGGGGCCCGGCGCCUCCCCCGAGGAGGCCGCCGCUGAUGGCGUGAAGACGGACAUCGCAGGUGGGGCGGAAGCGCUUGCAGCGGCAGGCGCGGCCGGUGAGGCCGAUCCGGGUGGAGGCGCCGCUGCGGCGGGGCGUGGGGGUGACGCGGAGGCCUCGGCGAGCGAGCCCACGGCGGAGGAGGUUAACGAAGGCUGCGGCGGCGCCGCUGCUGCUGCGGGCGGAGAUCGCCCCGCCGCGCCCGAGGCGGAUGCGGACGGCGGCGCGGGCAAAGGGCGGUCUGCUGUGCACGCGGUGAGUGAGGUGGAGCAGGGCCAAGGCAUUGCGGGGGCAGCGCAGGAUGUGGAUCCCGCGGUGUUUGAGGUGAAGAAGAUGGACGUGAGCGAGGGUGGCGACGCAAGCAAGCAGAAUCAGCACUCUCCGUCUUGUACGGCCAGCGAGGUGGAUGUGGGGAUCGUUCCUGUGGCAGUGCGAGAUUUGGAUCCUGUGGGGUCUGAAGUGAUGAUGGAGGUGGACGACGGCCAUGUCAGGGAACAAGAGCGCGCGGGAGUGGCUGUGGCGGGCAGCGAGUUUAAGAUGGAGGAAGCUGAUGGAAGAGUGGUGCAUCAAGGGUCUGCUGCCACAUCUGCUGGGGGCCUUCAGGCGCGAGCCGAGGAAGUGGGAGAGUGCUUGGUCGGCCGUUACAUUGGCCGCAACGCGCCAAUGCAAGCGGGGAUCCUUAUUGGGAAGGUUGCAUCCUAUGAUAGCACAGCUGGCAUCUACAGCGUGGUGUUUGAGGAUGGACAUAAUGAGGAUUUGGAGCUUCCUGAGCUCCACGAGUUCCUCAUGCCCGACAAGAAUGGCACGUUAGGCAUGAGUGUGAACUGCAGGAAGAGGAAGCUGGGCCUGCUGGUUUUGUCGGGGAGUGUCUCGGAGGUGAAAGAGCCAGCAAGUACUAGACAGAGGGUUGACGGAUGCGAGAUGCCUGCCAACACUGAUGCACUGCGGUAUAGUGGGUCUGGCUCGGAUAUGUCCGAGGAUAUCGAAUCUUCGAGUAAUUCAUCCGAUUUCACUAAAGAAGAACCAUCUGAGCCGUGUCCUCCUGUACAGGCUGUGGAGUUGCCCCCGUCAUCGGGAGACAUUCAUGUGCCAGAAGAUUCCAUAAGCUAUCUCUUUUCUGUUUAUAACUUCCUGAGAUCCUUCAGUGUGCAGCUGUUCCUGAGUCCGUUUGGUCUGGAUGAUUUUGUUGCAGCCAUUAAUUGCACUGUUCAGAAUAACUUGUUGGAUGCCGUACAUGUCUCGCUAUUGCGUGCACUGAGGCGGUAUCUUGAAUCUAAAUCUGCUCAAGGAUCUCAGAUGGCUUCAAAUUGCUUGAAGUAUUUGGAUUGGACAUUACUAGAUGCAUUGACUUGGCCAACUUUCUUACUAGAGUACCUGUAUGUGAUGGGGUGCAUUAAGAACCUAGGGGGGCAGAGUUUUGCUAGAAGCCUUCUAGCCGCUGAAUACUAUAAACUUUCUGUUGCCACGAAGUUGAGGGUGCUGCAAAUACUCUGUGAUCAUGUCCUUGAAUCACAAGAAUACAAAACUAUACUGGAAGAUCGAGUAGGCUACAAUGAGGAGAUGGAAUAUGAGAUAGAUUCUAGCACCUUUUUGGAGGCUGGUUCCAGAGCAGUCUUGACUAGAGCCUCAAAGGCCUCAGCUUACAAAAUGCUGAAUGAUUUACAGAACUUUGAAAGUGGUCCAAAUGUAACAAAUUCAGAUGUUGCUGUAGCAGAUGUUUCUCAGGACGGUAAUAGUGAUGAUUGCCGAAUAUGUGGAAUGGAUGGGACUUUGGUAUGCUGUGAUGGCUGCCCAUGGGCAUAUCAUUCGAGAUGUAUCGGUCAAAAUAAAGCUUUCCUUCCCCAGGGGGACUGGUUCUGUCCAGAAUGUGUUGUCAACAAGCUUGGACCAACUUCAUCAAGAAUUGAACGUGGUGCAAGAGGAGCUCAAAUGUUUGGCAUUGAUAUGCACGGGAGGCUAUUCUUAGGAACCUGCAACUAUUUACUGGUGAUCGAAAUAUCUUCAGAUGUAGAGUCUUAUGCAAGAUAUUACAAUCAUUAUGAUGUUGUCAAGGUACUCCAGAGACUUGCACUCUCAGAUGCAUAUGUGGAUAUAUGCAGGCAAAUAAUGGAAUACUGGAAACAUUUACUCGGUAGAGUUCAGAGUGAGAGAUCAACAAUAUUGAAAGAAGUUGGUACAAGACAUACUCCACAAUCCAGCAUGUUGAGUUUUACUCCAACAAUGUCAGGAGAUGGAAGUGGCUGGACAACUUUAAAAGAUGGUGGGGACAGUAAAACAGUAGCACUUCCUCAAACAAAUGUGCAACAGAAAAUUUUCGCUAAUCAGUAUACAGUGUGCUCUGCUGAACAAACGGAGAAGAAUGUUGAUGUUUGCAAGCAAGCUCUGUCAGCUCAGAACAACAUACAUAAUGCACCUAGAAAUGGAGCUUCUGGACCAUUUGUGGCAUCCCCCGUUUCUCAUCAGAAUGGAUCCAUUGGAACGGGUAUGUCUAACAUAGCACAAGCACAGCCAGCUCAUAGUAUAUAUCGUCCAGACUUAUCCACUGUUUCUGCAAAGUCAGAAUCAUUUCGUUCAUCUUUGCAAGGUAAACUUCACCUUCAGAUGUGUACUGAAAGACCUGGAAACAUGAGUUGUGGCAAGGCAGCAAAGUUGUCUUCUUUUAAACCACAAGCUUACAUGAACCUCUACAAUCAUGGCAACAUUGCAGCAUCUGCUGCCGCCAAUCUAGCUAUUAUUGCAUCCAGUGAAGGUAAGGUUUCCACAUCCCAACUGUCCGCAAAACCAAAGAAGAAGGUGGCUGCAGACAAUGCUCUACAGUUGAAAGCAUUUUCCUCAGCAGUCGCACAAUUUGUUUGGCCGAGUACUGAAAAGAAGCUUAUGGAAGUUCCAAGAGAUAGAUGUGGUUGGUGCCUUGCUUGCAGAAGUUCAGCAAGUGGAAACAAAAAGGCUUGUUUUCUUAACAUGACCACAUCAAACGCUGCUAAAAGUUCUGCUCGAGUUCUUAGCACAAUGCGCGUAAUAAAGAUUUCUGACAGCCAUUUCCCCAGUAUUGCUGCUUAUUUAGCCAACAUGGAGGAAAGUUUGCGUGGCCUGUUGGUUGGUUCACUACAAGACAUGCAGCAGAGAGAACGGUGGCGUGAACAACUUGAAGAAGCUUCCAACUGCAGAACUGUAAUACCCCUCUUGCUUGAGUUGGAAAGCAACAUCCGUGGAGUAGCAUUUUCUGCAAGCUGGUUCAAGCCGAUAGACGAUUGGCCUGCGGAAUCUCCUUGUCCAUCAACAGGGGCAUCUCGUCCUGCACAACACCAAAAACGUGGGGCUGGCGGAAGGCGUGGCAGAAGACGUUUGUUGGUGUCUGAACCCGGUACUGUUACUGAUGAUGACAACAGCUGGACUUGGUGGACCGGAGGAAAUAUAAUAAAACGUACUUUGCAGAGGGGGGCUCUUCUACAUUCAACCAUAAGAAAAGCUGCUCGCCAAGGUGGUAAGAAAAGGUUAGCAGGUUUAUCUUAUCAUGAAGGUUCUAAUUUUCCAAGACGAUCUCGGCAACUUUUCUGGAGAGCAUGUGUUGGACUAAGCCAGACUUCGUCUCAACUUGCUCUGCAGGUUAGAUAUCUUGAUGCUCACAUCAGAUGGAAGGAGUUUAUCUCUCCAGAUCAAAUUCCUUCAGAUGGAAAAAGUUCUGACGCUGACUUUUCUGCACUCAGAAAUGCUGUACUCUGUGAUAAAAAAAUAAUCGACAAUAAGAUAAGAUACGCACUGAAGUUUCCCAACCAAAAGCAUCUUCCUGUCCGUCUGACAAAAAAUAUCUUGGAAGCAGAAAGUGAUCAGGAUGAAAUUAGAAAAAUGUGGUUUUCUGAAAACCACGUGCCAUUGUACAUGUUACGAGAAUUUGAGCAGCAUGCUGAGGCUAGCUCCUUGCCUACUCCAGGAAUUCCGGAAUGUUUUACCAAUUUAUACCCAAGGCGAGUGAAAGCACCUGACAGAGAUGUUUUUUCAUAUCUCUUUCACAAGGGAGAAGUCUAUCCCUGCGCGUCAUGCAAGAAGGGUGUUCUCUACAGGGAUAUUGUUAAAUGCAGCUCUUGUCAAGGUAAUUGUCAUAAAGAGUGUACAUCAAGAUCUGUUGUUAGCAAAGGAGGCAGUACUACUUCCAGUUUGAUAUGCAAGUUAUGUCUCCAGAAGCGAAAUCUUAUGCUCACUAGUUACAAUACAAAUGCAAGUUAUAUCCAGCAUCUACAGAAGAAUAAUGGCCAACAGCCAGUGACCGCUCCCAGAAAUGUCUCUAAGGUUAGUUCUUCCCAUUCUGCUGAGCCUGCCCCCAAAGUGGAAGCCGAGCCAGUCACAAAGGUUAAGGCACAACGAGUUGGAAAUGUGGAAGCUACAACCCAGCCAGUUCUAAAUGUGAAAGCCCAGCCACCCGCCAAAGUGGUAACUCAGAACAUCACUAGUGUCCAAAAGACAAAAGCUAAAAAGUCAAAGUCCGAAAAACCAACGAAGGCUAAAAAAGUUCAAGCGAUCACAUAUUUCGGUCUCAUAUGGAAGAAAAAUAAGAACGACAAGGAUGAUGGAAGCGAGUUCAGGGCGAAUGAUGUAAUCCUUAAAAGCAAGGAUGGUAUAGGUUCGUCAAUAAAACCAAAAUGUUGUCUAUGUGACAAAGCAUAUUCUCCGGAAUUCCUGUAUGUACGCUGUGAGAGGUGCAAAAAUUGGUUUCAUGGUGAUUCCUUGCAACUUGAAGAAGAUAGGAUUGGUGAGUUGGUUGGAUACCGAUGCUGUAGGUGCCGGAGGAGGGCCAUCCCCCCGUGUCCUCAUUCAGAUAAUUAUGUAAAGCCUGAACCCGAAUUUAGUGAGCAAACAGUUGCAACAUCAUCGGUGUCAACUAUGCUAUCCAGUGGGAAGACUUCUGCUUCAGCAGAUCAGGACCCACUGCUUGCUUCGUAUGGAAUAGUUGAACCAAUCGGGGAAGAGACAGGGGAUGUUGAUUUAUCAGCGAACACGGCAAGCAUUGCCCCGGGAAGUAGCCAGAAGCUGUCUAUAAGAAGAGCACUAGCUAAAACUUCUGGAUACCUUGACCAAGCUGGUAAAUCUGUGAAUGAGUAUUAUGUCCAGAACCAGAAUACACCUCCAGGCAAUGGAAACAUCAAUUUCAGCCACACGAAUGAGAUUUCCUUUUCGGAGGCUGACAGCGUGGGCGCUUCAGGACUACUGGGGUGGGAUUUUUCGAGAGGAACCGCGUAUGCUGCCCCACCUGGUUUCACUUCUAAUCGCCAGCAGAACCGCACUAGCCGUGGCAGCUUUGUGCCGGACGAGUGUGAGCGUGAGCCCCAGACUUAUUUCUCGUUCACUGAGCUGCUUGAGGCUGACGACGCACAGCUUGAUGACAACGCGUUUGGGAUAGCUACUGGUCUGCAAGGUGAUGCUAACGGCUCCGGAAGCUUUGUCCAACGAGGAGUUGGUUUUGGUGGUACGUCUUUCAUGGCAGAAGAUGGAGCUUCGAAUAUGAACGUGCCAACAAAUGGUCCCACGCCUGAAGAGGUAGCGUGCCACAACGGCACGAACACUCAGCCGCCACCUGAUCCCAGAUGUUCUGUCCGUGACCUCCGCACACACCGGUAGUGCUCUCCCUGGGAACCGAGGCGUGUAGAGCCUGUCGAGAGCGGCAACUGGAGUUGUGGUGGUUGCCGCGAAUGGUGAUGAUGAGCCUCUAAACUUCACUGCCAGUUGCAAUGGCAGGUAAAUCCAACGGCAUCCCAUAUACUUACCGGAUUUCUCGUUACCGGUCGCUGGGUUGCUGCUGUCAUGAUGUGCUACUGAUUUCUCGGAUCAUUUCAUUAUUUGAUCUAAUCUUAACCAUCAUACAGUUAGAGUAGCGAUUACCGCUUGGGGUUUACACUGUACAUACUGAAAGGAUGGGUCGACGACGACGUACCAUUUCCAUUCUUUAGGCUAUUUAUUUUUUUGGGGUGGGAGUUUUAGAGCUAGGAUGCUGCUAGCACAUAGCAACAUGGUAUAUGGGUCGUCUGGAAAAAAAAAACCAUAUUAUUAUGUAACUGUAUUAACCUUGGUUGUCUCUUCUCGCCUUCUGAGAUACAAGUGUCUCUUGGUCAGAGUGGGUGGCCGUUUCUAUGCCUAUGCAGCUAUGCUCCAGUAUUGUCGCAUUUGCCUAGGUAAAAUAACUAAUUACAUGGCAUGCGAUUUAUGUUCCAUUCUUCCUUUA